CAUCUCUCGGCGCGGGCCACUCUCUCCUUCACACACCAAGACGCCGCCCCGCCACCGCUCCCCCCUCCUCCCCCAGGUCUCGCUCUCGGCCUACCUCUCGCCCUCCUUCUCCUCCGCCUCCCUUCUCUCCCCCGGCCUCGCGCCGUCCACUCCUUUCGCCCCGCUCUCCGCGCUCGCCUCGCUCGCCAUGCCGCCAGCACAGAAGCAGGCGCAGGCCGCCCGCCUCAACCCCGUAUGGUACCACUACGCGUGCGCGACCGUCGCGGCCGCACUCGUGCUCGGCAACCUGUUGCGGUGGGCCUACCUUGACGCACCAGACAACUAUCACUGCGGCGCCAUGCUGUCCACCGGCAAAUGGCUCGACGAGGGGACAUACAAGAACUGGCAGCCUGAAGGCUGCUACCAGGCCGCGAUCAAGGCCCCCGCACUCGCCAAGUGCCUCACCUCCCCUUCGGCUGUGACGCCCGUCACUGACGGGCUUUCGAACCGACGAGUACUCUUCGUUGGCGACUCGACCGUGCGGCAGCUCUACUUUGCCGCUGUCCGCCAGGUCGAUAAGGGCACUGACUACCCCAAGAGCUGGGAGAGCGACGGCGAGAAGCACAGUGACCGCAAGGCCGUCAUCACCACCAAGGGCGGCCAGCAGCUUACGAUUGAGUUCUGGUGGGACCCUUACCUCAACACAACCCAGACACACGACUACCUUGCGUCUCGGCCAGAGACGCCCGCCGCUAUGCUGGUUAUGGGCUCGGGUUUGUGGUACCUGCGCAAUCCUAGCUCGGGCGGCGCGACAGCAUUCACGAAGACGAUCGAGGACACUUUCGAAACGCUGCGCGCGAAGCAGGGCUCGCCGCUCGCACCCCUCCUCAACCCGUGGGACGCCAUGACGACGACCGGCAGCAACUGGCUUCCCGGCCUUAUGCCAGACAGCACUGGCGCCGGUGUCUCUGCGGGCGGGCACGAUUUUGCGCUCGCAGACGCGGUCUUCUUCGUCCCCGUGGCCAACCCGGUUGUGGAGAAGCUCAGUGCCGAGCGCGCCGAGACUAUCGUCCCGGCCGACGUUGAGAUGAUGAAUGCUGAAGUCGCUACUCGACUGGCGCAGAGCAACCCGCCGCCAAUCAUCGUCCCGAGCGUCUUCAACGAGCUCCUCGUGGACGAGGAGACAAGCGACGGCCUCCACUUCUCCGACCGCAUUAUGGACAAGCAGGCUGAGCUCCUGUACUCGUGGCGUUGCAACGAUGUGCUCCGCAAGGAGGUGAGCGAGGGCGCCUGCUGCCGGAGAUACACCACCCUGCGACCGCUCCAGGCGCUCCUGCUGCUCUACCUGGGCGUGUGGGCGCCGAUCUCGUGCUUGAUCGCGCCUCGCCUGCGCCCCGGCCACCCGCUGCUCGCCGUGAUCCCUGCCGACAAGGUCGCCAAGGCGAUCAGCUCGUUCGGUCUCGCUAUCGCAUACCUCUACCUCGCGGACCGCACGACCAUCUUCCUCAAGGAGCAGAAGGACUGGGACCCCAAGAUCUUCAGCGCGCUCAUGAUCGCGGCGCUGAUAGCCGGCCUUGCCACCGUCAAGAACAAGGGCAAGGACCUCGGCUUCCUCAACCGCGACAUCACGGACGAGUGGAAGGGAUGGAUGCAGAUUGCUAUCCUCAUCUACCACUUCUUCGGCGCAUCCAAGAUCUCGGGCAUCUACAACCCCAUCCGCGUCAUGGUCGCAGCCUACCUCUUCAUGACGGGGUACGGGCACUUUUUCUUCUACUUCAAGAAGGCCGACUACGGCUUUAACCGUAUUGCCCAGGUACUCGUGCGCCUCAACCUCCUCUCGGUCGUGCUGCCGUACACCAUGAACACCGAUUACGCGUUCUACUACUUUGCGCCCCUCGUCAGCUGGUGGUACAUGAUCAUCUACGGGACCAUGUUCCUGGGUUCUAAGUACAAUGACAAGCCCGCCUUCCUCCUCACCAAGCUUGUGGUCUGCGCAGGCGCAAUCACAGCGUUUAUGCACCAGACGUGGAUGAUGGAGGGCCUUUUCUCGUUCCUCAACACCGUCUUCCGCAUCCAGUGGAGCGCGAAGGAAUGGUCCUUCCGCGUCACGCUUGACCUGUACAUCGUCUGGGGCGGCAUGCUGGCCGCCUACGCCUUCAUCAAGUUCAACGAGCUGCGUAUCGCCGAACGCCCCUUCUUCCCGGCGCUCCGCACGGGCGCUAUCGUCGCCUCAGUCCUCGGCCUCAUCUGGUACAUGUGGUUCCAGCUGAGCCGCAAAGACAAGUUCGAGUACAACGGGUACCACGCCGCGGUGUCGUGCAUCCCGAUCCUGUCGUUCGUCGUGCUGCGCAACGCAAGCGCCCUCCUGCGCACAUGCACGUCGCAGCUCUUCUGCUUCGUCGGCCAGAUCUCGCUCGAGACCUUCAUCCUCCAGUUCCACGGCUGGCUCGCGGCCGACACCAAGGCCGUGCUCCUCGUGCUGCCGGCUACGCGCUGGCGCCCCGUCAACCUCGUCGUCUCGUCCAUCGCCUUCGGCUGGCUCAGCUACAAGGUCAGCGGCGCGACGGGCGACAUCACCUCGUGGGCCGUGGGCAAGAAAAAGCCCGCACUCCCGCCGCCCGUGACGCAGGGCGAGCCCAUCUUCGACGCGGGCCAGGAGAACAUCCCCCUCAUGGAGCCCGCCAAGGACGAGAACGGCAACGCGGUCAACGGGAGCGCGAACGCGAGCGCGGCGUACGCCGCCCCAGAGAAGAGCUGGCGCGACUCCACCGUCAUGAGCGUCCUCGGUAACAUCGGCGUGUUGGCGCAGACGCACGACAGCGUCAAGCUCGGCCUCGUCCUCCUCGUGCUCUGGGUCGCAAACUGGCUCUACUAGAUGUCAUGCUACUUGUUUCUGGAAGGUGCCGAGCAAGGUUGUUUCGCGAGGGAGGCGUGGUUGGGUGUGAAUUAGUCCACUCAGAGCACCUUCAUUCAAAUCGGUCGAAGCGUGAUGAUCAAAUCUAGGCUCAAACACCACCAAGUGCUCACCACACCUCACCUGACCACGUACUAGAGCUGUCCUCCCUCUCAUACAGGACAUGUUACAUCCAUGCCGAUUGCCUUAUGUUGACUAGUUGACUAC